AUGUUUAGCGAUAUAAUUGAUGCGACAAAACCUAAAAACUCAUGCAUACAACCCAUGCAAAUGAGUCCGGACUCACCACUCAGUGAGGACUGUCUGGUGCUUAACAUAUGGACGAAAAAUGUGGAGGAAUUAAAACCAGUGAUGUUUUGGAUUCAUGGCGGGGCCCUUAAUGUGGGAUCAAUAUUUCAAGAGUGGUAUAACGGGAGCGCUUUGGCCACACAUGAGGUGGUGGUUGUGUCCGUCAACUAUACAGAGCUGUCACCCUAUUUGUCCAAUUUU